AUGGCAGCCAAGACAAUGAUGGUGCGUCCUUACGUGUUAUCACCCUCGACACUAAGUCAUGCUCUGCCAUAUUUAUUUGCUGGACUGAGGAAAAAACAGUUGGUAUUUGAGACUCAAAGCAUCAGAUUGGUGAAUAGCAGAGCAAGCAGCAAUGAAUGUAGGAACAAUCUGAGAUUGGAGCAAUAUGGUGGUUUGAGGAGAUUCACUGCUCGAGCCACAAACUUCAACAGUGCUGGCACCUUCGACUCCCCCCUCAUGCAAUCCAUGGAGAACAAAAUCAAGGAACAGCUAAAUGCUGAAUCGGUUAGUGUAAAAGAUGCUAGCGGGGAUGGUCGGCAUGUGAGCAUUGAUGUUAUCUCUUCAUCCUUUGAGGGACAAUCGGCUGUAAAUAGGCAGAGGAUGGUGUACAAAGCCAUAUGGGAGGAACUUCAAACCACAGUGCAUGCAGUUGAUCAGAUGACUACCAAAACCCCAAGUGAAGUUUCUCCUCAGAAGUGA